CUGCUGUAACACGCAUUGUCGCCGCGGAGUCAGAGUUCGUCGUCACUGCCCGCCGACACCAAGCGCUAAAAUGUCCGAUUCGUCUUCGAUUACAAUGCACCGCAAGUACGUCGACCCGUGGGACCUAGACUUGCGGGAGGUGUCUUGGAGGCACUCUAGUGAUACAACAGACUGUUCGGCAGACCACCAAGUUGUAUCACUCUCGUCAGCGGCCGGACCUGUGUCCACGCGAUCUGAUUUCGUGUACGUACCGGGUCUGCCGAAAAAUAACAAGUCAGGCACUGGUAGAACAAGAGCUCGAUCGGUAGCCCGGUACGAUUGCUGCCAAUGUUCACCGAGUUCAUCGUCUAUGGCCCUCAUUCCACCCGAUUCAAACGAAAAUCUAUACGAGUAUUGGGAAGCUGGUUGCAAACCACCACCGUACUGCAGGUACGCUGCGGUCGACCAUCAUUUCUACCCGAUCGCUAGUGGAUCUUCGAAACAACAAUGCCGUCUUCUAUACAACGUUUCUAGGCCGGAAGUCCGCCGGAACUCACGUUACGACAACGGAGACAUGGAGUCUGUACUGUGUCGAGCUUACAUGGCCAAUAGUGGAGAAUAUAAUUCAGCUGAAAACGUGGUAACUAGUCAAUUCCGCUACAACACUCUUGGUCAUAUGAAAAUUGAUUAUUCUUCCAACUGGAACAAUUUGGAUAAAUACAUAUGUCAAGUUUAGGAUAUCGAUAAUUACGACUUACAGACUAUACACAUCAUACAUACAUCUAUACAGAAAUGUUAAAAUAAUUGGAGUAUCAGUUAUCUGUAGUUAUCUGCAAUUAUCGAUACAGUAUAAUGCGUAAAUGGACGUGGGCUAGUGCAUUAUAUUUUUAAGUUUUAAUUAUAAGUAUGAUGCAUUUAAAUUACUUUAUAAUGUAUUCUAUAAGUCGUAGCAUAGGUUACAGAUGUAUACUAUAAUCUAUAGUCAAUAUAAUAAUCAUUAGGUACAGCUGCCGCGAGCGUGUCCGUAAACUAAAUACCUACCUAUUUAAAAUAAUAUAAAAAUAAUAAAACGUAAUAUUAUAUAUUAAUUUAUAGUAAAUACCUAAUGUUUAUUUUAUUUUAUCGCAGCCGGUAGGUAGUUCUGUGAUUAUUUUCUAAUUUAAAAAUUCCCGGUAAUGACAUCUAAAUUAUACCAUCGUUUUUAAUUAGUAAACCCUCGUGAGAUAUUGCAGUAGGUAUUAUAUAUGUAUAUUUGUCUGCUCUUUGAUCCAAGCAAAAAAAUAUAUGUAU